AUGCUGAUUGACCCUAGGCGUAGGCAGAAGGACUGGGAUGAGUUCCUCCCCUUUGCGACCUUCGCUUAUAGGUGCACGCCGCAAGACUCGAUUGGGGUAUCGCCCAACAUGAUGAAGUUGGGGCGAGAGGUGAAUGUCCCAGUGGAUCUGGUGACAGGGUGUCCUGAGGUUGAGGUUGAAGCCACUGCAGACUUCGCUGAAACAUUGCGAAGUAAUAUGCAGGAGGCCCACAAUGGGGCGAGGAAUUGUCUCAGGAAAAGUGCCCGGAGGCAAAAGAAGAAUUUUGACAGGAGAGCGUUUCAACAUGGGUUGAAGGAGGGCCAAUUUGUGUGGCUACACAACCCUGCGAAGAAAAAGCACUUGUCCCCCAAACUCCAACUUAGGUGGGAAGGACCAUGGCUUGUUGUCAAGAAGUUGUCAGAUGUGACAGUUCGCAUCCAGCUUAAGCGUAAUGGCAAGCCAAAGGUGGUCCGACUAAAGCCAUAUGUCGGUGAGGCAAUCAAACCGUGGGAUUGUCAUUCCAGGGAAUAG